AUGAAUUUCACCCAGCACCGUGGGACCAUCCAGCCUCUCCAUUUCUGGAACCACAGCUAUGGACUGCAUGGAGCUGCCAGCAAACCCAAUGCAAAGGGCCACUCUUCAGGAGGCUGCUACGAGCAACUGUUUGUAUCCCCCGAGGUGUUUGUGACUCUGGGCAUCAUCAGCCUGCUGGAGAAUGUUUUGGUCAUUGUGGCGAUAGCCAAGAACAAGAACCUCCAUUCGCCCAUGUACUUCUUCAUCUGUAGCUUGGCAGUGGCUGAUAUGUUAGUGAGUGUGUCUAAUGGCUCAGAAACUAUUGUCAUCACGUUGCUAAACAAUACAGACACAGACGCGCAGAGCUUUACCAUAAACAUUGACAAUGUCAUUGACUCAGUGAUUUGCAGUUCCUUGCUUGCAUCAAUUUGCAGUCUCCUCUCAAUAGCAGUGGACAGGUACUUUACUAUCUUUUAUGCCCUCCAGUACCAUAAUAUCAUGACGGUGAAGCGCGUAGGGGUCAUCAUCACAUGCAUCUGGGCUGCUUGCACAGUCUCGGGCAUAUUGUUCAUCAUUUACUCUGACAGCAGUGUUGUCAUCAUCUGCCUUAUUAGCAUGUUCUUCACUAUGCUCAUUCUCAUGGCAUCCCUCUAUGUCCACAUGUUUAUGAUGGCUCGGACACAUAUCAAAAAGAUUGCUGUUCUUCCAGGGACUGGUCCUGUUCACCAAGGGGCCAACAUGAAAGGAGCCAUCACUCUCACCAUCCUGAUUGGAGUUUUUGUUGUGUGCUGGGCUCCAUUUUUCCUGCACCUGAUUUUCUACAUCUCCUGCCCCUACAACCCUUACUGCCUGUGCUUCAUGUCCCACUUUAACUUCUACCUUAUCCUUAUCAUGUGCAAUUCCAUCAUCGAUCCACUUAUCUAUGCAUUCCGGAGUCAGGAGCUCAGGAAAACAUUCAAGGAGAUUAUAUGCUGCUGUAGCCUGAGAGGGCUUUGUGAUUUGCCUGGCAAAUAUUAA